GGACUACAGUCAUGCACCAAUACGUCUGGCUAAUUUUUUAUUUGUGGCUAUGGGGGUUUCACCACGUUGCCAAGGCUGGUCUCAAACUCCCAUGCUCCAGUGAUGGGAAUAGCUUCAAUCAAGCAGGGAGAAUCAAAUGAUGGGAAUCCUGGUCCCAUAAUGGGAAUCUCCAGAGAUUCCCCAUGAAAGAGAGUCAGAGCUAAGCAUACUCCAGGCCCAGAGAGCCUGAGGUCAGUAGCCACCGUGAUGUCUACUCAAAUAGGAGACAUCUUAUGGCUUCAGCCCUCCCGCCCUGGCUUCUAAACCAGCAGUUCCAGGAGGACAGUAAGGAGGAGAGGCCAACCCCAUGCUUCUUUUCCCAGUGCAGGCUUCUUGCUAAAGAGGCCCACUCUGGGAAGGGAGAAGAUUUGACUCUGGCUAAACCACAUUUGGCUUGUUGAUUAAUGUGUUGAACGGGACAUUCAAUUCCUGAAUUUGAGAUGCUGACUUCAAGUGAUUUUAAAACUGUGUGUCACCUAAGAGGAAGAAGAAAGUCAUUGAGUCUGCUGGAUUUUCAUCCAAAGAAGGGAAUAAUUCCCACCUGGAGUACACUAAAGGAAAGUUGGGAGGGAAAGGUAAAGUUGCAUUCGAUUGCCUUCACAGUGGGGCUUACCCAGAACACUUUGGAAGAAGACCCCUGGAAAGCCCUGGUGGAAGGCAUGCAGCCCAAGGGCUCUCAAGAAUCUCCUUCCUGGCCUUGCUGUGACAGUCCCCACCCGUCACCACAUGACCAGCCACCUGAGACCCAUAGUACAGCCACGAGUCUCAAACCCCCCACAGCUAAGGAAGUAACUCAGAGCACAGUAUGUGACCUCUCCUGGUGACACUUGAGUAAUAAGAAGUGGCAGCUCAGCCACAGCAGGUCUAUAUUUGGACCUUCACUCAUGGCAGGCCUGUUGCUAUUUGCGGCUGGAGCCAGCUUAUGUUACCAUCCAGCCUCGGUGCCCCACUUGUGGAACUCUGGUGUAUAAUAGGCAGGGAUACCCUGUGGGGCAUGCAGAGGUCACCAGGAAGGAAAGCCUGCUGAACACGGAUUCAAUUUUCUAGCAGAACUCCAGGUCCUCUGAGUUAAAAGAAGCAUUUAUGGAUGCUUAGCAGGGCCCAGAUAUUCACUAUUAAGUGUCCAGGAAGGAUCUUUCUUGUAUAAAGGUGCUUCUAAGGACUUCCAGAGUUACAAUGGAGGAGGAAUCAGGGGAGGAACUGGGGUCAGACAGGUCUUCUCCCAAGGAUUUCCACUUUUACCACAUGGACCUGUAUGACUCUGAAGACAGACUGCAGCUCUUUCCAGAAGAGAGCACUAGGAUGAGGAAAGAAGAAGUCGAAGCUGAAAUGGCCAGGCAGUCAACAGGAACAGGGGAUGGUAAGCCUCAAAGACACCUUAGAGAGGAAGUGGAGGAACUUGUCCACUUAUACGGACUUGAAGAUGAUCACGAAUUAGGGGAUGAGUUUGUUGAUGAAAACAUGCCCAUAAUGGGAGUUUCAGAAUAUCCUAUUUAUGGGAUGAAGAGGAGGGACCCAGCCAGGGAGCAGAGAGACUGGAGACUUCGUGGAGAGGCAGCGGAGGCUGAGGACCUGGGCUUCGGAGGGUGGGGCUCGGCAGGCCAGUGCCAGGACUUGCGGGAAGUCUACAGGUACACACACGGCCGUGCUAGCGAGGAGUAUGAAUGCUAUGUCAUCCCUGAGGAAGAAGAUGAAGAAGAAGCUGCUGAUGUCUUCUGUGUUACUUGUAAAACUCCAAUAAGAGCUUUUCAGAAGGUUUUUGAUGAACAUAAGGAGCAUGAAGUGAUCCCACUCAAUGAAGCACUGGAAAGUGCCAAGGAUGAAAUUCACAAAAACAUGUACAAAUUGGAAAAACAGAUAAUUGAUAUGGAAAACUUUGCAAAUCACUUGGAGGAGGUUUUCAUCACUGUGGAGGAGAAUUUUGGAAAACAAGAACAAAACUUUGAGUCACAUUACAACGAGAUCUUGGAAACACUUGCUCAAAAAUAUGAAGAAAAAAUACAAGCUCUAGGGGAGAAAAAGAAAGAGAAGCUGGAAGCCUUAUAUGGACAACUGGUCAGCUGUGGAGAAAACCUAGAUACCUGCAAAGAACUGAUGGAAACAAUAGAAGAGAUGUGUCACGAGGAGAAGGUGGAUUUCAUAAAGGAUGCAGUGGCUAUGGCCGACAGACUUGGAAAAUUCCUGAAAACAAAAACAGACGUGGAAAUCUCCGCACAGCCUGACUUUGAAGACCAGACCUUGGAUUUCUCUGACGUGGAGCAGCUGAUGGGCUCUAUUAACACCAUUCCAGCUCCUUCUGCUCCAGUCAUAAAUCCGCAAGCCCCUAACUCAGCCACAGGUUCCUCAGUCCGAGUGUGCUGGAGCUUAUACUCCGAUGACACCGUGGAGAGCUAUCAGCUGUCCUACCGGCCAGUGCAGGACAGCUCACCUGGGAAGGACCAAGCAGAGUUUACAGUGACCAUCAAAGAAACGUACUGCUCAGUGACAGACCUUGUGCCAAAUACCCAGUAUGAAUUUUGGGUCACAGCUCACAACAGGGCUGGCCCAAGCCCCCCCAGCGAGCGUGCAGUGUAUGUGACAGCGCCUUCUCCCCCCAUUAUAAAAACCAAAGAGAUAAGGAGCUGUGAAGAGGCUGUGCUCAUUUGCUGGGAGUCUGGGAACCUGAAUCCUGUGGACUCAUACACUGUGGAGCUGACCCAGGCUGAAAGUCCAGAAGCCUCAGGCGUAACUGAGUCUGUUGUGGGCAUCCCAACUUGUGAAUCUCUGGUGCAGCUGCAGCCGGGACAGAGCUACAUUAUCUAUGUGCGAGCCCUCAACAUGGGGGGCCCCAGCGUGAGGAGCAAGCCCGCUACAGUCCACACCAUAGGAAGCUAUUUUCGCCUAAACAAGGACACCUGCCAUCCCUGGCUGACAAUUUCUCAAGAUGGACUUACGAUCCUACGAAGUGAAAGGAGUACCCCCACCAGGGAGCCACCACCCAGCGACACCCACUUCACCAGGUGUGUUGCUGUCAUGGGAAAUCUAAUUCCAGUCCAAGGGCACCAUUAUUGGGAGGUGGAGGUGAAUGAGCAUUUGGACUACACAGUUGGUGUGGCCUUUGAAGAUGUCCCUAAACAGGAGGAUCUGGGAGCAAACUGCCUCUCCUGGUGCAUGAGGCACACAUUUACAUCAUCAAGGCAUAAGUAUGAAUUUCUACACAAUGGAACAACUCCAGAUAUAAGAAUAACAGUUCCUCCAAAGAAGAUUGGCAUUCUAUUAGACUAUGAAAAUUCAAAGUUGUCAUUUUUCAACGUGGACCUUUCUCAGCAUCUAUACACAUUUAGUUGUCAGCUUCACAAAUUUGUGCAUCCCUGUUUUUCUUUGGAAAAGCCUGGGUGUCUAAAGAUACAUAAUGGCAUUUCAAUGCCAAAACAUGUCACUUUCUAUUAGAACAUUUUGAUGUCCAGUUUCCUAUCUUCCAAGCCCACCCCUCUCACAGCCACUCAUGCCUUAGCUGGCUGAACUUGGCAUUCAAGCACCAUGUGCCCAGCAUAUUUUAUGGCUGAUGUUAUUAUCUGACAGAAGGCAUGCUGCUGCUCAUUUCACCCAACCUAGAUUCUAGUCCUGUGUGCUGCUACCCGAGUGAUGCUCAGAUGGUUGUUACCAGGCCCAGCUGUAAAAUAAAGGCUCAAACUAACGAACUCAAAAGUCUUUCCAGUUGUCAAUCUGUAUUUGUAUAUAUGCAAAAUAUCUUCAGUUUCUGAGACCUAGAGAGCUUGGGAGAGGAGGGGGGAAGUCUCAAUGGCUCUAGCAGCCCCAGUACACUCAUGCAUUUCAUUAGUCAGCCAAGUAUAUACUUUAGAAGGUGAGAGGCUGUCUGCUGAGAACCAGGGAAGCUGUGUGGCCUUCUCAACGUCUUCUACGCUCGUUUUCCCAACAGUGAGUAGCACUGUGGUGAGGUCCCCCUCACUGUGUACUCUUUAUAACACCCUGUUCCACUCCUAUACAGUAUGCACCACUCUCUAAUUUUGAAAUUACCUCUAUAAUACCUAAUUCCAUGAAGGCAGGGACAGUGUCUGUUUUGUUCAUCACUAGAUCCCCAAGGGCUAACACAGAACAGCUGUCACCAAGUAUUUGUUGAAUAAAUGAGUAUCUUCUUUAGCCACUGCUCUUUGGCUUCUCACUGCUGUCCAUCUGAAGGAUGGCAGGGCUCUUUCAAAACUACAGCAAAGGACCUAUGGCCAACAAAUGGGAAAAAACCUAGAAUGGAGGCGGCGUGAAAGAACAGAAGGGCAUCUGUGGCAUAUUAGCAUGUGCACAGAAAUUUUUUUAAAGAAAUCAACAGCCCACCAAAGCGCAAAGCUGAGGAUGGGAAGGAAGUGAUCUCUAGGCAGCUUUCAGGCAUCCUGUCUCACUGCCAUGAGGCCAUUCUGUGACCCUCAGUGGUCAACUUCAUCAGCUCCAUUUCUGGUUCUCCGGUUCAAGUUUCCAGUUGCAACUUAAGCUCUGCACACACAGCAUUUUCAAAGCUUGUGAGUGAAACUGCAAAAUCAUUCCAUUUGUGAAGAAAUAACAAUUCAGUAUCUUGCCCCACAAAUGCCUCUAAACCCAGAUAUGCCCUAAUCUCAUCAUUUAAGGUUGUGUGUUUAAAAA